AUGCCGUGUCAUGCCAUCAUAUUCCUACCAUUGCAGCGCUACCAGGAGCGUUACCGUUCGGUGACACGAAGCUACUACCGCGGUGCUCUGAUCGUCUACGACAUCACCAAUCGUGAUUCCUACAAUCACUUGGUGAACUGGUUAGCUGAUGCGAGGACUCUAGCCAGAGCUGACAUUUCCAUCAUCACCGUUGGUAACAAGGUCGACCUGAAAGAGAAGCGGGUUGGGAGACCUGGGGACCCAAUCGCUUCUGCAAACAACAUCCUCUUCCUGGAAACCAGCGCCUUGACGGGCGAGGGUGUGGAGGAUGUCUUCAUCAAAGUGGCUCGAAUGAUCCUCAACAAGAUUGAAGAUGGUGCGGCUGAAUGGAGCCUCCGAGUCAUCGGGCAAGAGCUGCUCCUGUUGAGGACACCGAGGACACCUGGCCUGUGCAGAUGCGGCGCCGAGGAAAAAGAAAAGGGGCGGUGUACCGGACCCAACUUUGAAAGCGGGGCGGUGAUGGGAAGGCGGCUUGGACAAAAGCCGGAAGUCCACAUCAAUUCGGUGCCCAAGGGUGGCGAGCUAACCAGCGACAUUCAAUAUGGUCAUGUGCCUCCGCCGAAGUUGCAGAUCGGCAAGCGCGGAGGACAAGUGAAGGUCAACUCCGAUACUGCCGGGCUGCUGGUCAGCGGUCAUGGCGUAGCGCUUGCUAAUUGCGUGGUGGAGCAAGAUUGCGCAUAUUGGGAGGUUCGAGUGUUGGAGCCGGGCAGCUCCUCCCGAGCCUUCUGCGGAGUGGCCUUGGAGCUAAACGGGCAACGUUUGGAUUCCAAGAUUGGAGAUGCUCAAACUUCAUGGGCGAUUGGUGGCGACUUGCCGGGGGGGCCGUUGCAGAAGGACGAGAUCAUUGGGGUUGCCUUCGGUCAGGGGAACAUUCCGAAUCUCAGGUUCUUCCGAAAUGGCAAAGAGAUCCCAGACACCGAAGUUCUCCGUAUCCGCGGGGAGGUGUUUCCCGCGGUGAGCGUUUGCGAUGGCGCCGAGCUGCUGCUGGUCUUUGACGCUCCAUCCUUUGCACACGAAGCUCCAGGUCGACAUUCGGCCAUUGUACCACCACGGAAGAUGCUGUGA